AUGGAAACCCUAAUUUCAAAUUACCAUGUAUUCGAGAUCCCUACAGCGAGAAACUACAAGCACAAUUAUGCCCUGAACACCGAACAGCACAUUGAAGAACUUGAAGGAUCACUUAGGCGAGGGGUUAAGGAAGCGGUGGAGAUUUGUUUCGCAGCUGGGAUUACUACUCUUAAUGUUAGGCAAGAAAUUUUUAGGGCACUUCAUCCAACAGCUAUGAGAGGUACUUACUCCGAUUUUUCCAUUCAUGUAGAAGAUCAAUUUACCUCAAAACCAUCAACAAUCUCACACGUGGACUGUGGAGUUGACAACCAAUAUACCAUAGUGGUUACCGUCUUUACUGUAGAUCUAAUGACAACAAUAGAGAAUGGUGGAUUUGAUCAAAGGCUAUAACUUUGUGAAAUUUGAAGAUGAGACUGAGAGGUACCUGCCAUAACCAAAAUGAACAGAGGAUUUUGUUCAACCAAACCAAUGUGAAUUAGACCAUCUGCUAACAAAACAAAUCUUAUAUUACACAGUCUAAUCUUAUAGUACUAAAGAGUGCCAUGUAUAUGUUUUCUAAUAAGACAUUUGUUAAUGUGAAAGAAUAUCUUAAAUUCUUUUAUUUUUAUUUUUUAUGUUAGAAUAUAUGCAUGUAGUUUUGUGAAAAAUACACGGUGCUUCUCUUUUUCUUUUCAUUUCUACUAUGUAAGAUUUGACAUGGAACAACAUAUGUAAAUACUCUAUGUUGAACUUCAAUGAAUUUAGGCUUUUUAAUCACAAAAUUUUAUUUUAGAUUUA